CAAUUGUUUCGGCCCAAAUAUAAUAAUCUACAGGCCCAUUAACGAUCCAUCCGGGUUACUGGAGAAGAAGUCUUGCUCCGAGACGACGUGCUCUUUCUCGCCGGCGUCGUCGUUGCUCUCUGGUCGGUUGUUAAUCUGAUUUUUUUUGUUGUUGUUGUUGUUCUUCUCUUUCUAAGCUUUGAUUGUUUAAGGAAUUCGAUUAUCUCUGAGAGAUUAGAAACGCCAUGGAGGUUCUAGAUUCUUAAGGCUUCAUCACUCGAAACUGAAAUUAGAUAGUUUUGUUUGUUUUUGAGGAAUCACUAAUCUGAUUCUCUUGAGAAGUUAGCUUUCGUUCGUAAGAAUUCACUUACGUUUGAAAUCUCAAGUCUUUGUUUCUUCCAGGCAACAAUUUCUCUCAAAGAUGGCGUUUUUUGGGCUCUCCCGUGUUUCAAGACGGUUGUUGAAAUCUUCCGUCUCCGUAACUCCAUCUUCUUCCUCUGCUCUUUUGCAAUCACAACAUAAAUCCUUGUCCAAUCCUGUGACUACCCAUUACACAAAUCCUUUCACUAAGUGUUAUCCUUCAUGGAAUGAUAAUUACCAAGUAUGGAGUAAAGGAAGAGAAUUGCAUCAGGAGAAGUUUUUUGGUGUUGGUUGGAAUUACAGAUUAAUUUGUGGAAUGUCGUCGUCUUCUUCGGUUUUGGAGGGAAAGCCGAAGAAAGAUGAUAAGGAGAAGAGUGAUGGUGUUGUUGUUAAGGAAGCUUCUUGGAUAGAUUUGUAUUUACCAGAAGAAGUUAGAGGUUAUGCUAAGCUUGCUCGAUUGGAUAAACCCAUUGGAACUUGGUUGCUUGCGUGGCCUUGUAUGUGGUCGAUUGCGUUGGCUGCUGAUCCUGGAAGCCUUCCAAGUUUUAAAUAUAUGGCUUUAUUUGGUUGCGGAGCAUUACUUCUUAGAGGUGCUGGUUGUACUAUAAAUGAUCUGCUUGAUCAGGACAUAGAUACAAAGGUUGAUCGUACAAAACUAAGACCUAUCGCCAGUGGUCUUUUGACACCAUUUCAAGGGAUUGGAUUUCUCGGGCUGCAGUUGCUUUUAGGCUUAGGGAUUCUUCUCCAACUUAACAAUUACAGCCGUGUUUUAGGGGCUUCAUCUUUGUUACUUGUCUUUUCCUACCCACUUAUGAAGAGGUUUACAUUUUGGCCUCAAGCCUUUUUAGGUUUGACCAUAAACUGGGGAGCAUUGUUAGGAUGGACUGCAGUUAAAGGAAGCAUAGCACCAUCUAUUGUACUCCCUCUCUAUCUCUCCGGAGUCUGCUGGACCCUUGUUUAUGAUACUAUUUAUGCACAUCAGGACAAAGAAGAUGAUGUAAAAGUUGGUGUUAAGUCAACAGCCCUUAGAUUCGGUGAUAAUACAAAGCUUUGGUUAACUGGAUUUGGCACAGCAUCCAUAGGUUUUCUUGCACUUUCUGGAUUCAGUGCAGAUCUCGGGUGGCAAUAUUACGCAUCACUGGCCGCUGCAUCAGGACAGUUAGGAUGGCAAAUAGGGACAGCUGACUUAUCAUCUGGUGCUGACUGCAGUAGAAAAUUUGUGUCGAACAAGUGGUUUGGUGCUAUUAUAUUUAGUGGAGUUGUACUUGGAAGAAGUUUUCAAUAAAGACUCUCUCUCUGUCAACGAAUGAGGAUGAAGCUGUAGUGUGAGGAACCUAUAUAUGAAGAAUUGAAGUAGACUUUUGAGACACACUGUAAGUGAAACAGAGGACAUGGUCUUGCUACAAAGUGGGUCUCCUUCAGGAUUGAAAUGAUCAAGGAGCCAUUGCCAGAAAAGCUGAAACUUAACUCUUUUAGAUUAGUGACUAGUUACUACUGGUUCUUGUAAAAGAAGCUAUUGUUGUUGUUUGGGAUCCAUGUCUUUUCUUCCAGGAGGUAGUUUGGCUGUAUGUAUACAAUGAUCAUGACCUUCUGGUCAAACAAGAGGCUUUACUUUUGGCUUUUAUAGUUGACAUACGCAAUAUCAUUGAUUUUGUAACCUAAAGGAUGUUAAUAACU